CCAAGUUCUAGCAUCGUGGACACAGGCCUUAAGAGAGUCUACCCCCCCACCACCUUCGUUUCAAGACCUGUGUAUACAACCGUGGUUCAUUCUGUAUGUUGUGCUGUAUGUUGAUGGUUCAAUGGAGUCAACAGACAGAAAUUCUUAACCUAACGUGUACUUGUGUGCAUGUGUUUGUCAGUAUUGUUACAUUUAUUAUAAUAUAAUACAACAAAGUACAGCAUAACUAUUUCUUUCAUCUGCACGUGCAUAUUAUUUGCAACGUGACAUGGCCCAAGCGUAUGAUAAUUACUACAACGAUUAUCACAAAAAUGCGGAGCAGCAAAAUCUUAAGUACAAAAAGAAAUAUCGAAAACUUAAGAAAAUCGUAAAGAAUACCGUAUUCGAAAACGCAGCACUAUGUGAUCAGGUUGCACACAUGCAAGACAAUCUGAUGUUGGUUAAAGAGGAGAGGUUGUUUCUUCUGCGCAAAUUGUGUCAACAACAGGGCGAAAUGGAAUCUAACUCGGCAAGUCUGUCACGUUCGCAAAUGAGUAACGCGAAUUCGCCCUCGCUUAAUCCAGAGUGUACUACGCCAAAGAAAACGGUGAAAAAAAGGACGUCCACAGAUGGAUCAGAACCAAAAAAUAAGGCAAAAAGAUACAACAAAACUGCCAGAAGAGUUGUACAGUUGAUUCCGUUGGAUGUACACGGAAGACCAAUAUUCCCCAUAGCCUUGGGAGAUCUUACGAUAUAUUCUCUUGGCGAAGUGGUUUCGGAUCGAAUUACGUAUCACACGGAAGAGCUGAUAUUUCCAGUGGGCUAUUGCAGCACAAGAGUAUACGCAAAUUUGAGAGAUCCAAGAACAAAGAGUCUGUACACAUGCAAGAUAUUAGACGGUGGUCCAAAACCUAGAUUUGAAAUAGUAUCCGACAAUGAUUUGGACCAACCGUUAGUCGGAUCCAGCCCUGAUGAAUGUCACUCAAAGUUACUGGCAGCAAUUUCUCCAGUGCUUUGUACGAUAGUGCCGAAGGGUGCAGAUUUCUUUGGGAUUUCUCACCCUACCAUACAAAAUCUAAUACAAAGUUCUCCGGGGACGCGAAAAUUGGCAAUGUACAAACAGCAACGUUUUGAAGUAAGCAAAAAUCAUGUAAUCGAUCGAGCUACAAGUCCUGUGACAGAAGCGGAAACUGAUCCAGGCCUAGGUUUUGCGGCAUUACACAGGCAUUAUGCUUUGAAUUCUUAUAGAGUAAAAGAAGAACCUUCGGAUCACGAUUUAUUAACGCUACAAGACCUCCUUGCGUAAUUGCUAAUAUUAGAAAAUAAAUAACACAUGCAUAAUUUAUAUACAAUAAAAAGUGAAUAAGACACUUUUUAUACAUCCCUGUAAAAAAUAGCAUUUCGAUGCAAUUCUUUUCUCUUGUAAGUAUUGACGUCAAAAAGAAAAACAACGAAAUGUUAUGGCUACGAACGGUUUGAUAGACACACGAAUGAAUGAGAUAGGGCAUAAGUAAGUAUAAGUAGAACACAAAAUGAAAAUUAGGUUUAAAAAUUAUAUUAUUUAUAUAUAUAUUGUUAAAAUUGAAUCCAAUUUAAACAAAAUUAGCAAAUAAAAAAUUAGAGAUUUUCUGAAAGCGUAACUAGAUAAAGAUAAUUUUAAAAGAAACUUGACUCUUUAUUUUCACAAAUAAUAAAUUUUUUAUUGUAUGCAAUAAAACCAUCGCAUGUUGCAAAACGAAAUUAAAGCAAUCAAUGUUGACUAAGCAUAUGGAGUAAAUUUAAUAAAGAAAAGUAUUGAUUACGAUAAUUGUAGUAAUGGUAGCAGAUUCUUCAUAUGAAAAAUCAAAUUAACCAACAUUAAAUUAACAUUUUUGCCAUGCAUAAUGUUGCUUGUAACAGAGCUAUUUGAUUCUUUUAAUAAAAGAUAUUUGUAUCAAUUCUUAAACUAUGUUCUGUCUUCCCAUGACUUCAAACAAAUAAAAAAUUUUAGAAAAAUUACACAGUCGUAAAAUGUAAAAUAGAUAUAAUUAUUAAAAAUUGUGAAUGCAAAUUUUGCUCAUUUUAGAUAUUUUAUUAAUGAUGUCUUUAGUAUACACGUGCGAAUAAGGGAUUUCAGUUUGAAACUCUGAUAAAAUAUCUUGCAGCCAAAUAAUUUAUUAGCUACUAUUUCAUAAUUUAGUAGCUUUUUCACUUUGUUGAUAGAAGACUUAAUGCAAUUCCUGUAUUUUUUGUUUGAUUGCCUACUUGGAUUAUAUACAAUUAUCAAACACUUUCAAUAAUCUUGAUAUUUAUUUAAAUUAUAGUGUAUAAAAUGAUCGAUAUAUGACAAAUGUAAUAAUCAUUUGCACUUUCCUAACCAUAUACAAAAAUUUAAAUAUUCUUAUAUAUUAUUAGCAAUAUUUAUCGUACAAUUAUGAUAUAUGUCGUUCGUUAUUUUACAUGAAUCCACUUUUUGGACAAAUCCCCUGUAUAAAUGAUAUGUAUGGCACAAUACAGAAUUAGAAUCAACAGAUUCAAUUGAUUGAUAUAUUUCUAUUGGCGCUUACGUAUAAUGUAAAGUAUUGUCAAAUUAAAAAAUUUUGUCACACCGCUCUUAAGGAAGAAUAUAAAAUAGCCGCGUAAGGUACAACUACAUUAGGAUUACCUUAAUGUUUGGAGUAAUAUCUCAAUUAUCCUAUAUGAAGAUUAUAUCGUAACUAGAUUGGAUAUAUCAACUGCCAUACAGUGUAUUUUUACAGCAUAUGUUUAUAAUAUACGUUUAUAGCACAGCGCCGAUUGGAGAUCUCAAAUUGAUAUUGAAAAAUGACUAGCUACAGCAUAAAAAGCUCAAAAUAUGAAGUCUCAUAACAAAUGAGAAAUAUAUUGAGGUUUGUAUAUCAGUUUGUAUCGCUUGUAUACCGGUGAUAUUAUCAGAUACAGAAAAUCAUAUGUACAAAUAGCUUAGCUGUACAGCUAAGUCUGACAAUUUUCCACCCAGACUUUCCUCAUAAAAUCCAAACAAUUCAAUAUACUUUUUCUCUAGAAAUUGGCGUACAAUGAUUGCAUUGUAAGAUGGUGCGUUGUGCAACAAGCACCAACUUUCUGGAUCUUCGUAUUCUGGCCGAACACGAUGAAUUCUUGCAACUAAACGCCGUAGAACUUGAACGUAGAACGCUCCCGUUACUGUUUGGUCACUUGGAACAAUCGCAGAAGGCGAUCAGCAUUGCUUUGAUUUUUCAUUGUGUUUGACGUGUUUUUUUUAAUUUUCAGUUCGCCGGGUGACUUUUAGGUGGCACUUUGGCGCUUUGUUUCGGGAUUAUAUUGAAAGCACCAUGUCUCGUGUCUUCAGUUAUUAUAGAUUUUGUCAAGUUCGGGUUGUUUGCAGCAAAGUUAAUUAUUUUAUGACACUGCGCUGUUUCAUUAUAAUUUUCCGACACAAUAUUUUCUGGGCUGUCACGUGAAAUGUCAUAAUUCAGCCAUCUUACAUGGCACAGCUAUGUAAAAGCUAUGUAAAAGCGUUUAAACUUCGUUUAACGUAUAGAAGACAUUCCCGUGUAGAAAACAAUUCCCACCUUUCUAAUGAUAUACAUAUAAUGCCGACAAAUAGCGCCACGCGUUUAGGCGAGAGAUUUAAAGUCUGGGUGGAAAAUUGUCGGACUGUGUAUGUGCAUUAUUAUACGUAUAUGCAUAAAUAAAUAUUUGUACUGAUUGGUCCUACACUCCAAUUAAAAACAAUGGUCAGAUAUUCUUUCCAUGAAGACCGAAAAAAAAGGAAAUUUGAAA